CUCCUCUUUCGCUUUCGCUUCCGCUGUGCCCGCCGCCGCCGCCGCCGCCCUCCGAGCAUGGACGACCCCGAGUGCGACUCCACCUGGGAGGAGGACGAGGACGCAGACGCGGAGGACGGCGAGGACGGCGACGAGGCCGGCGCGGGCGAGGCGGACGUGGGCGCCGAGGACGAGGACGAGGACGAGGGCUCCGGGGAGCCGCGGGCGUCCGGGCCCGGCUCGCUCCAGUCCAAAAUCACAGGGACCCGAAACUGGCGAGCCAUGCAGGAUAUGCGCCGCUACCGGCACCACUACCCGGAUUUGGUGGAGCGAGAGUCCAAUGGUGACAUGCCCAACUUGAGUUUCUACAAAAACGAGAUCCGCUUCCUGCCUAAUGGCUGUUUCGUUGAGGACAUCCUUCAGAACUGGAAGGACAAGUACGAGUUGCUGGAGGACAAUCACUCCUACAUCCAGUGGCUGUUUCCUCUGCGGGAACCCGGAGUGAACUGGCACGCCAAGCCGCUCACACUCAAGGAGGUUGAGGCGUUCAAAAGCUCCGAGGAAGUCAGGGAGCGGCUCAUCCGGGCCUACGAGCUCAUGCUUGGCUUCUAUGGCAUCCAGCUAGAGGACCGGGACACGGGUGCCGUGCGCCGGGCGCAGAACUACCACAAGCGCUUCCAGAACCUGAACUGGCGCAGCCACAAUAACCUGCGCAUCACGCGCAUCCUCAAGUCUCUGGGCGAGCUGGGCUUGGAGCACUACCAGGCCCCGCUGGCGCGCUUCUUCCUGGAGGAGACCCUGGUGCGGUGCGAGCUGCCCGGCGUGCGCCAGAGCGCUCUGGACUACUUCCUGUUCGCCGUGCGCUGCCGGCACCAGCGCCGAGAGCUCGUGCAUUUCGCCUGGCAGCACUUCCAGCCCCGCUGCAAGUUUGUGUGGGGUCCCCGAGACAAGCUGCUGAAAUUCAGGCCCCGAACUGCAGUCGCACCUCCGGCCGGCCCCAGGCAGGUGGAGGGAAAUGAGGUCCCGGAGGAUGCCCUCCAGGAAGCUGGCAGCCAGGGUCAGAUCUGCGGGCCAGAGCAGGACCAAGGAGGGGACAGUGUGCCGGCCAAGGGUGCCGGGCCGCUGAGGGAGGAGCUCCAGGACCCAGGAAACCUGGAGGGGGACCAGGAGGAUAAGGCCGACCCCCCAAGCCCCAAAGAGAGCAAGAAGAGGAAGUUGGAGGCCAACAGGCGGGAGCAGGCCCCCGGGGAGCCGGGGCCCCAGGAUGCCUCUGAGGUGGAGAAGAUAGCACUCAACCUGGAGGGCUGCGCCCUCAGUCAGGGCACUGGUGACACAGGGGAGCCUGAGCCGCCCUGUCCCCAGCCUGCGACAGCCAGGCUGACAGAGGAGGCGAGGAAGCGGAGGAAGGUGGAGGAGGAAGCCGGGGGUGAUGAAGCAGGGGCCAGUGCGCCCGCGAAGCACCCUGAGGCCCAGAGGUGUGAGGGUGGCACCGAGGGGGACCCAGAAAGCCAGGCAGGCCCGGAGCAGGCCGCCCCUGGGAGUCCGUCGGAUGGGCCUGGGCCUGCCGCCACAGCAGCCUCAGUGGAUGCGACGGGAGAGGCGGCCUGGACCGGCGCCCCUGUCAGCCCUGGAAAGCCUUAAGGGAUGGGGAGCCAGCGCCUGUGCAGGGAAACCUGGGCCCGGGUGCCCUGUUGCUGGCUCUUCUCGGUGCCUGGCAGUGCUGGCCUCUCCCUGGUGGUCACUCCAGUGGCCUCUGGGAGGACUGAGGCCUGCCCUCAGGGAAGGCCCAGGCCUUCAAAAGCUUCCUUACCUCACUGCACUCCCACUCGGCUCCCCUGAGCCCCGUGUCUCAUACGGGUGGGGGAGGCCUCAGCGGGAGGGGGUUCAUUUUCUUUGGUGCCAGCGAGGUCUUUUCUGAAUAAACUCCUUGGACUUUGA